UCCCUCUGUGCAGAUCGUGGAUUUUCUGUUCCUUCUGCAGAGCAGACAGCCAAUACGCCACAGGUCGAUUUUCCCUCUUGCCCUACUUGCAGGCCUCUGAUUUAAGAAUCCAAGAUGGCUAUAAACUGGGGAGGAGUGGCCGGCAUCAUUGUCUUCUACCUGCUGAUUCUGGCCGUCGGGCUGUGGGCCUCUCGCAAGAGCAAAGGAUCCAGUGAUCAAGAGGAAGUAAUGCUGGCUGGCAGAAACAUUGGAGCAGUGGUUGGGAUCUUCACCAUGACUGCUACAUGGGUGGGAGGAGGUUUCAUCAACGGAACAGCUGAAUACGUCUUCAAACCUUAUGGGAAUUCUGGAUUAGUCUGGACCCAGGCAACUUGGGCAUAUUCAAUAAGUCUCGUUCUAGGUGGUCUGUUCUUUGCCAAAAUCAUGCGAUCGAAGGGUUACUUCACCCUGCUGGACCCCUUCGAGAACAAGUACGGCUCCCGCAUGUGUGGGCUACUCUUCAUUCCCGCCAUAACAGGAGAUCUCUUCUAUACGGCCGCCAUAUUGAAUGCUCUAGGAUCGACCGUCAGUGUGGUACUUGAGCUAGAUAGGACACUGUCUGUCAUUGUUUCCGCCUGCAUUGCUGUGUUCUACACGUUCAUCGGUGGUUUAUACUCGGUAAUCUACACUGAUAUUAUUCAGCUCAUUUGCAUGUUUGUUGGCAUGUGGAUCUGCGUUCCCUUUGCGAUGACCAAUGAGGCAGUGGAGUCGAUUGGGUCAACUUCUCAGGAAUGGCUCGGCACUAUUGAGUCUGAUCAGGCCGGACUGUGGAUAGAUUCUGCCCUGCUACUAAUAUUUGGAGGCAUCCCGUGGCAGGCAUACUUCCAACGCGUUCUCUCCUCCAAGACUCCACGGACGGCACAGAUCUUGUCCUGCGUCUCCGGCUUCGGAUGCCUCUUAAUGAGCAUCCCGCCGGUUCUUCUUGGUGCAGUGGGAGCGAGCACAAGCUGGAAUGAUACGACCCUUGACCUUGGGAAUAUUGACCCGUUCAGUCAAACCAGCCUCAUUCUCCCAUUGGUCAUCCAGUAUCUGACCCCUCCGGUCAUCUCGUUCAUUGGUCUCGGGGCCGUUUCGGCUGCCGUUAUGUCCUCGGCCGAUUCUUCGAUUCUCUCAUCUAGCUCCAUGUUCACUCACAACGUCUACAAGCAGGUGUUUCGUCCCAAGGCCGGUAAACUUGAGCUUUUGUGGGUGAUGCGUGCCAGCAUUGUGGUAGGCGGCGUCAUAGCAACGGCGUUCGGUCUGUCAAUCAACUCCGUCUACAAGCUCUUUGUCUUCUGCUCCGACUUUGUCUACGUUGUGCUGUUCCCUCAAUUCCUCUGCGUCAUUCACUUCUCCAAGUGCAACACGUACGGUUCGUUGCUGGCCUACAUCGUAGCCCUGAUCUUACGCUUUGGCGGCGGCGACUCCCUGCUCGGCAUACCGGCCCUGAUCAAGUACCCGUAUUACGACGACGAGGAAGAAGUCCAACUCUUUCCUUACAAGACUCUGGCAAUGCUCUCGUCUCUUCUAACCAUUCUCGUGGUCUCCUACCCGUUAGACUACCUCUUUAAGAAAGGCACCAUCCCCAAACGCUACGACUUCUUCCGUUGCGUUGUCAACCUUCCCGCUACCAAGGACGAGGCAGACUCUGAUGAGGAUGAGGUAAAUUAUGAAUUGAGGAGGCGGGACUCGACUGAUUCGCCUGCCGAGGAGGACGACAAAUGCGAGACUUAAGCCACGUGUCUAAUGUCAUGGUUAUGGGGUAUGCAUAAGACUUGCAACAACUUAAUUUGAUUUAAUUAAUCACUGGCAUAAAUGCAUUGCAAUGAAUAAAAGAGCGACCCCUGCGGAACGCCAACAUUUAGUGUCAGGACAUUUGAUAUGUUCCCCUUAACAUUUACGGACUGGUUACUGGUUAUACGAUCACUUUAGGUAUAUGACGUAUUGAUUAAAUAAAAUUAAAUAUACAGCUUUUUAAUUAAGUCAGCAUUGUUUCAGAGGGAUUUGAAAUCGGGUGGUGUUUUUUUACUACACUUUAGGCAUUCCACUCAGAAAGAGAGUCAAGAAAAUGUUCUAAGUAUUUCCUAUCAAAAUUUGUAAUG